AAACAACAACACCCAACCACCACCACCACCACGUAAGCAGGCUAACUAUAGCAGCUCCCUGCCGCCAGAAGGGAUGUAACCUCCACACUUAGACAAGGCGCAGACUGCGUGAUUCCCGGAGACACAGACCUGGCAGAAGCAUCGCUCGCUACAGGUGAUCCGGAUUCACCCAACCGCCUGCACUUUGCUUCCUGCUCCGAGAGGGGGUGGGUUGGGGUGCUUGGUUUUGGAGUUGGUUUUUUUUUGUGGGGGUGGAGAGUGCUGGGGAUGCAUCAGUAAUCUCACACUCUCUUUUUUUGCAAGUGGGCUUGGUCAGGUUGGGCUGGGCAGACUGACACAGGCUUGGGUUCCCCCUGCCCAAGUGAAGGACAUGGGUUUGCCACUCCCCAUCCUGGGCUUGCUGCUCCCCAUCCUGUUCUUCAUGCCUCAUCUGGAGUGUGUGGUUGAUGCCAACCAAGAGCGGGCAAUGCCUAGCAAAGGGAAAGCUAUGAAAGCCAAACUGUCUAUUUACAGUCAUGCCAAGAGUGGACCUGUCCCUUCCUCUCCUCGGAGCAGAUCUCUCCUCGAGGAGAAGGAGGAGGAGGAGGGUACCAUCUUGGCACAGAGGUUGACCCAGGAGGUGCCCCCCAGUGUCAUUUCUUUUCUCUACACUGGUGAUUCUCGGGAGCUGAAGCGUGCCAACUGUUCUGGAAGAUAUGAGCUGGCCAGCUGGGCUGGGAAGUCUCGUCUGCUGGCUUCCCACCCAUCCCUGCAUGGUGCUCUGGACACUUUACUGCAUGCCACCAACUUUCUCAACAUGAUUCUGCAGAGCAAUAAAUCCCGGGAACAGAAGUUGCAGGAGGACAUUGAGUGGUACCAAGUGCUGAUCCGAAGCCUGUUGGAAGGGGAUCCCAAUAUCUCCAGGGCUGCCAUCACUUUCAAUCCGGAGCCCUUGUCCUCUGCUCCUCAGGUCUUCCUCCAAGCCAGCCGUCAGGACAGCCAGAUCCUGCUGCAGGACUUGUCUUCGGUGGCACACCACCUGGCCAAUGCUUCCUCUGGGGACAUGGAAUGGUUUCACAGUUUGAAGCGCAAGUGGAGGCUGCACCAGCACCGGAAGGCCUCUGGUCCUGGUUCAAAGGCUUUGGAGAGCAACUUGAAAAAGAAGGAUGCCCACCCUGUGGAGAAGAGCCACAUUAAAUGGUCCUCUCCAUACCUGGAGUGUGAGAAUGGAAAUUACAAACCUACCUGGUUGGUCACCCUUUCUGCAGCUUUUUAUGGUUUGCAACCAAACCUCCUUCCUGAAUUCAGGGGUGUUGUGAAAGUGGAUAUAAACCUGCAGAAAGUGGACAUUGACCAAUGUUCCAAUGAAGGCUGGUUUUCCGGAACGCACACUUGCCAUUUAAAUAGCACUGAGUGUCUCCCAAUUAAAGGCCUUGGAUUUGUCCUCGGAGCCUAUACAUGCAUUUGUAAGGCCGGAUUCUAUAAUCCCAAAAUAUUUGCAAUGAACAGCUUUCACAGAAAGGAUGCAGAGAGUCAGUUUUCUGGAAGUAAGAUGACUGAGGAGGUCUACGCCUGCUUGCCCUGCAGGGAAGGAUGUUCGUACUGUACAGAUGACACUCCCUGCUAUGCACAGGAGGACAAGUAUUUACGGCUUGCUAUCAUCUCAUUUCAAACUCUCUGUAUGCUGUUGGUCUUCAUAAGCAUGCUCGUGGUCUACCGCUUUCGCAAAGCAAAGAGCAUCAGGGCGUCGGGUCUCAUUCUCCUGGAGACUAUCCUGUUUGGGUCACUGCUUCUUUAUUUCCCGGUUGUCAUCUUGUACUUUGAACCAAGUGUAUAUCGCUGUAUUCUCCUACGAUGGGUUCGUCUUUUGGGAUUCACUACUCUUUAUGGAACUGUUACACUCAAGCUACACAGGGUUUUGAAGGUGUUCCUUUCCCGAACCGUUCAACGAAUUCCAUACAUGACGGGUGGACGAGUUAUGAAGAUGCUGGCUGUGAUUUUUCUGGUAGUGAUUUGGUUCCUUAUAGGCUGGACCUCUGCAGUCUGCCAAAACCUGGAGAGAAAUAUUUCACUCGUCGGCCAAGGGCAAACAUCAGAUCAUCUGAUCUUCAACAUGUGCCUGGUAGACCGGUGGGAUUAUAUGAUGGCUGUUGCUGAAUUUUUAUUCCUCUUGUGGGGUGUUUAUCUCUGCUAUGCAGUGCGGACAGUACCCUCGGCAUUCCACGAGCCACGUUAUAUGGCUGUUGCAGUUCACAUUGAGCUCGUUAUAUCUGCUAUAUUCCAUACAAUUAGGUUUAGUCUUGCCUCAAGACUUCAGUCUGAUUGGAUGCUAAUGCUGUUCUUUGCACACACACACUCGACUGUGACAGUCACCAUUGGGUUACUUCUGAUCCCGAAGUUUUCCCACUCAAGCAAUAACCCCAGAGAUGACAUAGCUACUGAGGCCUAUGAAGAUGAGCUUGACAUGGGGAGAUCUGGAUCCUACCUGAACAGCAGUAUCAAUUCAGCUUGGAGUGAGCAUAGCUUGGACCCAGAAGAUAUUAGGGAUGAACUGAAGAAGCUAUAUGCUCAGCUGGAGAUAUAUAAACGGAAAAAGAUGAUUGCCAACAACCCACACCUCCAGAAAAAGAGGUGCUCAAAAAAAGGCCUGGGCCGGUCCAUCAUGCGCAGAAUUACUGAAAUCCCUGAGACGGUCACCCGGCAGUGCUCGCGGGAGGAAAAGGACCUUCUGGAACAUGGGGGUUCAAAGAAUCCCAUUGGGGCAAAGAGAAACCCACCAGAUUCCACUGGACACAUCAAGCCAAAGGAGGAAUCAUUGAGAAACCGAGUCUUCUCAAUCAAGAAGUCUCACAGCACUUAUGAUCAUGUUCGAGACCCAACAGAAGAGGUGAAUAGCUUAACAACAGAAAGCAUGGGAGUGAUAACAACGGCAGAUAACUCUUUACUAGACUCUGUUCCAGGGAAAAAAACUGAGAAACCUGAUGCUGUGUCCACUGAAAAUGUCCCUUUAGUGUGCAAAUCUGUGAGUGCUCACAAUUUAAGUGCAGACAAGAAACCUCUCCACCCAAGAACGUCUGUGUUACAAAAGUCACUCAGCGUUAUUGCUAGCGCCAAGGAGAAGACACUGGGGCUGGCAGGGAAAAUGCAAACUGAAGAAAGCAGCAAAUCCCAUAAGUCUCAACAAAAGGGCAAAGAGGUGAGCAAAAAGCAUUCGGGCUCUGAAAAGAGUGAGCAGAAAGACUCACACCGAAAAAACUCUGCCCACACAGAAGAGUCAAAGAAGCCCCACAAAUCUGGGAUCAUGAAGCAGCAAAAGUCCAACCAGACCGCUGGGAAUCCCAAUGUAGGGUCAGAUAAAUCACAGCAAAAGAGCAAGGUGGAUAUAGGAGAAGUUUGCCCUUGGGAAAUAUAUGACCAGAGCCCAGGAGGUGGGAACACAGACUCGAAAGUUCAAAAGCACGUGUCCAUUGCUUCUUCUGAAUCUGAGAAACCUCCUGCUUCCCAAGCAAAGGGCCAGACACAUCCCAAGACUGCUGUAGGGCAUCAGUUGCCCAAUCAAAAGAGCACAGACAGAUGUGAAGUUUGCCCUUGGGAGAGCGAAGAAGCACAUCUGGGAGAAGAGGAGAAAAAAUAUUUGAGCCCCAAGGCACAAGAUGUUCCUGGGGCAAAACCUGAUAAUGUUAAUAAACAUUAUGUCAGUACGGAUGAUCCUAAGGAACUGCUCCCAAAGGCAACUACACAAACCACAGAGAAAAGGUUUGUGAAUAAACUGGGACAUCAGACAAAAAGUACAUCCUCUUCUUCAGCGGGGAAUGCACUUCCCUCCGAUUCUCCUAGGUCAAUGACUAGUAACUCACAGAAACCUUUAGCGUCCCGCGUGGAUGUCUGUCCCUGGGAGUACGAGACCCCAGAAUUACCGAAAACGGAAAGAAGUAUAGCUUUAUCUAACGCAACCGGUUUGAGCUCAAAUAAAACAUCAAAAUCCCAGAAGUAAGAGCACUCGGACUAGAAAAGAGAAGGAUCAAUAGAAGGGAAAAGGGCAGGAAAGCCGGGGAACGGUCAGAAGGACCUGCCGGUUCCAAAGAAGCAUCACUUAAUCAGGCAAUGAUGAGCACAUUGAAUAUAUAGGAACUAGGCAAUGUCAAUAGUGUCUUGUUUGUCUGUUUAUUGUUGAGUGCCAACAGUGUUAUCAGUGUGAUCCAGGCCACGAGGAACUCUGAUCCCCGCCCCCACUUCCCAGGGCCCUAAAGAGUUUACAUUCCAAAAUGAAUGAAACCAUGCCUUUAGAAAUUAUUUAUUUUUUUGUACAAUGUGUGGGGUUGGUGGGUAGGAUAUAUUAAAGUACCGUGAAGUCAGGUGGAAAGGUUCUGUGUUGGCUUAAGGUAGGCAUUAAUUCAUCAAAUAGGAUAAAAUCAACUUUAAGCAAAUGGAUGCCUCCAAAUGUGUUAGGAUAUAGUGUGUACAAACAAGCACCUUCCAGAAACAGAAAUGAUGAUUCUUCACUAUCCUGCAUCAUUAUUCUUGAUAGCACUGCUAACUUACUGCAUCCCCCCCUCAAUUAUAUUUUUAUAUGAUUGCUUUCAUUUUUCUUAGAAAAGUAUGUACCUUGUUGUGUCUCAUAUAAAAGCAUUCCAGUUUGUAUAAUGUUUGCAAAUAACUUUGAUAUGAUUAUGUGACACAACACAUUUAUGCAAUCUGCAGAUAAUUUAAUGUUGCAAUCUUUCUAAAAAAGUUCUAUAUCUCUGUUUAUUUCUAGGGUGUACUGCAAGCUUUCAGUGGCUUGGGAAACCAUAAGAAAAAUACUUCAGGUUCUUUUUCUGGUGGUUUCUGUUGAUUUACUCUGCUAAUUCCAAUUUUGAUUUAAUGCAGUACAAUUCAGGGUUUUUAUACGAGGUAUGUUUUUUGUCUUGAACUUGUCUGUUUAUGAUCUUACUAGCAGAAGCUGUCAAUCCGGGGAGCUGCAUGCACUAAUAAAUGCCCUGUUGGUAUUUAUUAUUUCUAUAGAAACCAAGCACUGUUCAAAAACAAAUCUGAGGACAAUGUAUCUUUUGUUUCUUAGAAAACUGGAGAACAUUAUUUAGCAUUCCAGAGGUAUUGCUUUAAUCAUUCCUCGAUGUGAUCUUACUCAGUGUUUUUACACUGAGCCUGUUAGAAGAACAGAAAAAUGUGGAAGGGUAGAAAAUAUAUUCUGGUGAGUGCACAUAGAUUCUCUGCAGUGCUGUCAAAAUUCAUUUGAGGAAGCAGAAUUAGACUUGAAAGGUCUUCUUUAUCACAUUGUUAAACUUCAAAGAUCAGAGAAUGAGACCUCCCUGAUCUUAUCUGCACUAUUGAUAGAAUGAUAGGAAAAUGAAAGCAGCAAAUUCCCAUUGUUUAUUAGUCACUUGUUCAGAAUUAGUUCUACGAGAUCCUAGGCACGUUUACUCAGAUGUAGGAAUGUGCACUGUCGUUGAACACAUGUGUAUAUUUGGAUUGAAUGAGACAUUUGUGUGUUUCCAGGACAACGAUGGGGUGGCACAAAGAACCUAAAAGCACUCACGGAGUGGAAGGGCUCUCCUGUGGACUCUUUGUGCUAAAUCCAGCAGUGGUGGGAAUUACAAUGUAAAAAUUUGAAAGAUGCAAUGUGAUUACGAACAGGGAAAGGGAAGGAGAAACUAAGAAAGAUGAUGAUUUGGCACCAAUGGCGAAAAGAGCAUGUUCUUUACCUUGAUAAAUGAACCUUCAUUGCCUUUCCUGCUGAGAAAUCAUGAUUAAAUCAUUAAAUUCUGAGUUGUUUCUGAGGUGGCCCAAUACCUUGUUCACGAUCAGUCCCAAAGAUGGAGCAGGAAAGUGGAGCCAUAGCACCUGUAAUUUCAAAUCGAGGGAAGAGGAAAGAAGGGGAAGGUGAAAGGGUGGAAAAUGUAGAGUUGACGUGUUUUUCUUCUUCAACAAACUCUUUGUUUUGUUUCUUUUCCUUAAACAAACCUGCUCACUGUCAAGAUGGUUGGCAACAGUAGUAGACUGAGAAAGGGCACAUAAAGUGAGAAGUUCCAGGCAGUGUGAAGGAUGAACAGAGCCCUCACAUUACCCUUUGAAGAAGGAGUUGAAGGGGAUUGGGCCCACUGCCCUUUUAAAAACUCUCACUCCCUUCACUGUGGCUGACUUAGGAGACCACUCUGUUUUCCAAGGAGAUCAGGGCUUUCUCCUGGGAUGAUCUGAAAACACACAAAUACUGACAAGGAUACAUAAAAGGAUUGUUUCCAAAAGGGCACAAAGUGGGGUGGGCACCAAUCUCUGUACACUUAUUCUUGCGUGGACCACAUUGAGGGGGCAGUGCACAUUCCUACCCAGAAAUAAGCCCUACCGAUUUCCAUGAGAUUUACUUCUAAUAAAUUUGCAGACUAAAGAUUGCAGCUUUAAUUUAGCAGAUUUUGUAACCAUAAAACUAACCACUUUAUAGCACUUUUAAUGCUGAGAAAUACUUUACAGUAUACCUUAGCUCCCUAAACCAUCCCCAUUCUAACCAAGGUUGCCAGGUUCUGACCAAGAUUUUGUUGCUGUUGCUUUAACAACUCUGGGUAUGUCACAUAGCACUUGGGGAGGGUAUUUCCCAAAUCCUAUGCUCCAGCUUCCCAAACGCUGGUCCUGCUUCUUCUGUUACAACCAGGACUUCAGUUUUGCCUUAGAGUAUAUGCUGGGAGGUGGCUGAAUGGAAAUGUUGUAGUACUGAGGGGUAGGAUCCCUGUCUGUCAGUUUCCAUAAUAUAGUGCAAAUAAAUAGGCCUAAUUCACUGACUAGUGGAUAUUUUUGGAGAGUCAAGGUUUAGUUCAUUUUGGAUGAGAGAGCAUUAGGAGUCAGAAUGAGUGGCACCCUCCAAUUUUGGAGGUGCUUUUUUCCCCCAGGGCAGAUUUUAGUCUGCAGUAGAGAUGGGAGCUUCAUAUUC